CUCAACUCGCGCGCGCACGGCCGCAUCCGCGGCACGCCGCGCCGCAUCCCGUGCCCGCGCAAAACCGGAUCCGCCGCCGCCAUGGCGGUGGACCGCGUGGACGGCGAGGAGGCGUUCGAGGAGGUGGACCCGACGGGGCGGUUCGGGCGGUACGCGGACGUGCUGGGGCUCGGGUCCGUCAAGAAGGUGUACCGCGGGUUCGACCAGGAGGAGGGGAUCGAGGUGGCGUGGAACCGCGUCCGGCUGCGGUCGCUGGCCGACCGCGACCCCGGCAUGGUGGAGCGCCUCCACGCCGAGGUGCGCCUCCUCCGCUCGCUCAGCCACGACCACAUCAUCGGCUUCCACAAGGUGUGGCUGGACCGCGACGCCGGCGUCCUCAACUUCAUCACCGAGGUCUGCACCUCCGGGAGCCUCCGCGAGUACCGCCACCGACACCGCCACGUCUCCGUCAAGGCGCUCAAGAAGUGGGCGCGCCAGAUCCUCGAGGGGCUCAACCACCUCCACACCCACGACCCCUGCAUCAUCCACCGCGACCUCAACUGCAGCAACGUCUUCAUCAAUGGCAACAACGGCCAGGUCAAGAUCGGCGACCUCGGGCUGGCGGCGAUCGUGGACAAGACGCACGUGGCGCACACCAUCCUGGGCACGCCGGAGUUCAUGGCGCCGGAGCUGUACACGGAGACGUACACGGAGUCGGUGGACAUCUACUCGUACGGCAUGUGCGUGCUGGAGAUGGUCACGCGGGAGGUGCCCUACGCCGAGUGCGGCAGCGUCGUGCAGAUCUUCCACAACGUCACCCGGGGCGUCCCGCCCGCGGCGCUCAAGCGGCUCAAGGACGCCGAGCUGCGGGGCUUCAUCGAGCGCUGCAUCGGCCAGCCCCGGAACCGGCCCUCGGCCGCUGACCUCCUGCAGGACCCCUUCUUCAACGGCGUCCGUGGCGGGGACGACGACGACGACGCCGCGGCGCUCGCCGACGCCUCCAGCGUCGUCGCCGCCGCGCCCGUGCCGCGCCCCAGGAGCUACGUCGACGACCUCGCCGGGCUCCGGCUGGACUGACCUGACCGUCCCUCCCAGCGUUCUGCCUUUCAUCAGUACCGGGAUUCCGGCGCGUGUUAGACGUGUUUUAUUAGAAGUGGAUUCCUGGCCGGCGAGCGACUGCCUGCAAGUGUGUAUAGAUUAUUGUUUAUUUUUACGUCUCCCCGGCGAUUGGCUAGUUUUCACUGUACCUGUACCAAUAAUUGUUGUUGGCUUUGCGCCAGAUGAAGCGCUGUAUUUGACUUUGCGUGCUGAUUCUUUCAAACAGAGGUUGGUUGGCAAACUUAUAAUAUUUCCCUG